AGGCCAUUGGUUCACUGCAUGCAGUGUAUAUGAUGGAUAGAAACGAAGACAGAGAAGAGGGGGGGACCCCCAACCUUCCUGCUGUCUGCCGCACUGGGCUCGUGCUGCAGCUGCUGCAGCAGCUGCCGCUGCAGCUGCUGCAGCAGCGAGAAGCAGCAGCAGCAGCAGCACUCAUUCGUAUCUGGGGAGCACACCCAAGGAUUCAAAUAGUAGGGAAUACAUCUGCUCCUCGCGUUGGAAUUAUUUCGUUUUUAAUUAAAUACGGAAAUGACCUUCGCCCUGCAGCAGCAGCAGCAACAGCAGCAGCAGCAGCAGCAGCAGCAGCAAAAACAACAACACCAUCACAACCAUCACCAGGAUCACCACCACCACCGCCAUCACCACCAUCAGCAGCAGCAGCACCACCAUCAGCAGCAGCACCAGCAGCAGCAGCAGCAGCAGCAGCAGCAGCAGCAGCAGGAGCAACAGCAGCAGCCGGUGGUUUAUACUUGCAUCAUAACUUUGUGUGUUUCGCUGCUGCUGCUGCUCCUGCUGCUGCUCCUGCUGCUGCUGGGGCGGGGAAAGGAGCAGCAGACGAACACCACAGAGUAUGGCUCAGCGACUUCAAUCCAAAAAUAUACAGCAGCAGCAGCAGCAGCAGCAGCAGCAGCAGCAGCAGGAGGAAAGACAGGAGCCACAGCAGAAGGACAGCAGCAGCAGCAGCAGCAGCAGCAACAGCAGCAGCAGCAGCAGCAAACCCAGUAGUGGAAAUGCUGCAGUUCGCUAAUAGAGUUGCAACAGCUAUCAUCCGCCGCUGCUGCAGCAGCAGCAGCAGCAGCAGCAGCAGCAGCAGAUCAAAUCCUAGGUUGCUGCUGCGUCUGCCCCCUUCUUCUGCCCGAGGGUUUAUAUUUCCUGUGCUGCUGCUGCGUCUGCCCCCUUCUUCUGCCCGAGGGUUUAUAUUUCCUGUGCUGCAGCAGCAGCAGCAACCACGCUUGGGGCCUCCUGCUGCUGCUGCUGCUGCUGCUGCAGCAGCAGCAGCAGCAGCAACAACAGCAGCAGAAAAAGAAGAAAAAUAUAAAACAACUGUGCUGCAGACAGCUGCUUCGAUGGUGUGGUUUGCUUUGCCUGAGGACGGCAGGGUCUCUAUAGCAGCAUCGCAGCAGCAGCAGCAGCAGCAGCAGCAGCAGCAGCAGCAGCAGCAGCAGCAGCAGGAGGGGUGUUUAGAAACAUUUGCUGAUGUCACCAGAGUGCUGCAGCAGCACCAAGGAGACACGCAGCUGCUGCAGCUGCUGCAGCGCGAAGGAGAAGAGAAUAUGAGGCCGCUUGUUGCUGCAGCAGCAAUACAGUGGGUUGCUGCAGGCCCAACAGCAGCAGCAGCAGCAGCAAGUCCUGCUGCAGCAGCAGCAGCAGCAACAGCAGCAAACAAAGUUGAUGGUGUGCUGAGGGCCAUGGACUCUGUCUUCGAGGUUCGCCGCUACCCAACAGAGCAGCAGCUGCGGUGUACAUGCAGCUGCAGCAGCUGCAGCAGCAGCAGCAGCAGCAGCAGCAGCAGCAGCAAGAGCUGCUGCAGCGCGUGUGCUGCACUGACAAAGGCUGUGGAGAUGUGUAUGGCCCCCAACGACCCCUGGGGCCCGGAAGAUACAGAAACGCAGCAGCAGCAAAGCAGCAGCAGCAGCAGCAGCAGCAACAGCAGCAGCAGCAGCAGCAGCAGCAGCAGCAGCAUUGGUGACUACAGCAUUUCUAACAAACCGAAGCCGCAGCAGACUGUGCAGCAGCAGAGAAAGCUGCAGCAGCAGCAGCAGAAGCAGCAGCAAAAAGAACAGAAACAAAAACAAAAACAGCAACAAACACAAAUAUGCAUACAGAGGCGGCAACAGCAGCAGCAGCAGCAGCAGCAACAGCAGCAGCAGCAGCAGCAGCAGCAGCAGCAAGGAGUGGAAGAGCCAAAGGCUGCAACACCCGCAGCAGCAGCAGCAGCAGCAGCAGAAACAACCGAAUCACCCCAACCAUCACCACCACCACCACCACCACCACCACCACCACCAGCACCACCACCACCAGCAGCAGCAGCAGCAGCAGCAGCAGCAGCAGCAGCAGCAGCAGCAGCAGGAGCAGCAGAGCGCAGGAGAAAGUAUUUAUCUUCUUUGUAUGUUGAUCGUUCUCUGCGUCGUUGUUUGGGGCUGGCUUUGCAUGCGUUUAAUAUGAUUAAGGAAGGAGAUAGAAUCCUUGUUGCUGUUUCAGGGGGCAAAGACAGCAGCACGCUGCUGCUGCUGCUGCUGCUGCUGCAGCAAAAGGCACCAAUUAGCUUCGCUCUUGCUGCUGCUACUGUUGACCCCAAAGCACCUAACUUUAACCCAGAUCCACUCAAACCCUUUCUAGAACAUCUAGGUAAACCCUAA